UUUCCUCCGCUGAGGUCAGAUUUCCAAGCACCUGUCCCUUUGGAGGGAAACCGAACUACAUUCUCCACCACUCCCUUCGGGUUGUCACGAUGCAGUUGCUUGAUAACAAGCCAAACAGGAAGUGAUGAGAGCCACAUGGGAGAGAUGUAAAGGUUUUAUCUGUUAUUGAGGAGACUUCCCCAUCAACCUCAAGCCCAGCAUUGUGUAGUGAAGGAAAAUGGAGCUUGCAGAUCUCUUGAAAUUUGUCUUCAUGGAAAUCAAUGGAACAACAGUAACAGUGGCUCUGCUGGUGAUCCUCCUAGUGUUACUCUAUUGGUACUCCACCUCUUCGUUCUCCAGGCUGGAGAGGGUGGGUAUCAGGCAUCCUGCACCUUUGCCUUUCAUCGGAAACCUGCUGUUCUUUCGCCAGGGCUUUUGGGAAAACCAUACAAAACUGAUCACGGAGUAUGGACCUGUUUGUGGAUACUACAUCGGUCGGCGAAUGUACGUGUUGGUGUCCGAGCCAGAGAUGAUCAAACAUAUCUUAGUGAAGGACUUCAGCAACUUCACCAACAGAAUGACACCAGGCUUGGUUACCAAGCCAGUAAUUGACAGCAUUCUUUGUCUGCGGGAUCAGAGGUGGAAAGAAGUCCGGAGCAUACUGACCCCGGCCUUCAGCGCUGCAAAAAUGAAAGAGAUGACUCCACUAAUAAACCAAGCAUGUGAUGUCCUGCUGAGUAACUUGAAGGUGUAUGCAGAUUCUGGCAAGGCUUUUGAUAUCCAAAGGAGUUAUGGCUGCUUCACCUUGGAUGUCGUCGCUAGCGUGGCUUUCGGUACCCACGUGGAUUCUCAGAAGAAUCCUGAUGAUACCUUUGUUAAGAACUGCAAAAAAUUCUUUGAAUUUUCAAUGCUUAGGCCCAUCCUAAUUCUAAGUAUUGCAUUUCCAUUCAUAAUGAUCCCACUGUCCCGGAUUUUGCCAAACAAGAGUCGUGAUGAGAUGAAUGGAUUUUUUAUCAAAGCCAUUAAGAAUAUGAUUGCCUUGAGAGACCAACAAGAUGCAAAUGAGAGGCGCAGAGAUUUCCUCCAGUUGAUACUCGAUGCCCGCAGCUCUACUAACUACAUCGGUGAGGAGUACUUUGACAUAGUCAACCAAGCUGAUGUUUCCAUUCAGGACCAUAAGCCUCCUGUUGACAAGGCCCUGCCUAAAAAGGUUCAGAAGACAUUGUCUGAGGAUGAGAUAGUAGGCCAAGCCUUCAUCUUCCUGAUUGGUGGGUAUGAGACCACCACCAAUGCCCUCUCCUUCGCCACCUACUUAUUAGCCACCAACCCGGAGUGCCAGGAGAAACUGCUGCAGGAGAUAGAUGAGUUCUCUGGAAAACAUGAUGUCCCUGACUACCAAAAUGUCCAAGAGCUCCCUUACCUGGAUAUGGUGAUUGCAGAGACACUGCGCAUGUACCCACCUGCAUUCAGGUUUACUCGGGAGACAUCGAAGGACUGCGUAGUGAUGGGACAGCAUAUUCCAGCUGGCGCUGUAAUAGAAAUUGCAGUUGGACCUCUACAUUAUAACCCUGAGUUCUGGCCAGAACCUGAGAAAUUCAUCCCUGAGAGGUUCACAGCGGAGGCCAAACUGCAGCAGCAUCCCUUUGCAUACCUCCCAUUUGGGGCAGGACCUCGCAGCUGCAUUGGCAUGAGGAUGGCUUUGCUGGAGAUCAAGAUGACCCUGCUCCGGAUCUUGCAGAAGUUCAGAUUUGAAACCAGUCCUGAGACCCAGAUUCCUUUGCAGUUGACAUCUGUAUCGUCAUUAGCACCAAAAAACGGAGUCUAUGUUAAGAUAAUACCUCGAUAGAGCAAAAACCCCAUUCUGAAAGCCUCCAAGGAGGUGAUCCAUUGCUCAGUGGCUCACUGAUAGAUUGGGGGUAACAUUUUCAAAAGUACUUAAGUGAUUUGAGAGCCUAAAUCUCAUUGAAAGUCAAUGGGACUUUAAAUGUGUGGGCCAAAAUCCUGCUGACUUUCAGUGAGACUCAGGCUCCUUAAGUACUUUGGAAAGUUUUACCUAAGUUUUACCCAAGCACAUUACUGUGAAUAGUAUCUGAAAAAGCCUCCCACUUUUCAUCAGCCUUAGUGGUCAUAGCAGGGCCCACUUCAUUUCACAUCUACAUGGGAGUUUGUCCAGGCUCCAAUGUGACAAUCUUACCAGUCUGCACUUCCUCACCUUCAGUAGAUUUCUAUAAUAUGUUGAAUGAUAGCUUGUUAGCUAACACCUUUUAACAACAGCCCUUUGUCACAAUAAACUCUGAAGGGCAACAUAUGUAGUGGUAACAGCAAGGACUAGGAAUCAGGACACCUGGGUCCUACUCUGAACUCUGCUAUUGACUGAUCUUGAGCAGACAGCCUAACCUCACUGUUUCUGUCAAAUGAAGAUAAUGCUUACUCAUCUUUUGUAAAGCUCUUUGAGACAUUUGGAUGAAAUUUGCUAGUAUUAUUAUCUAACUUUUGUUACAGUGGAUUUAAAAAUAAUGGUAAAUGUCUGUACAGCACUUAAGUUCCUAUAAGCAGGACCAGACCAAAGAAUGUUGUAGACUGCUAUUACA